AUAAUUUGUCUGGAGUGGCGAAGAGAGUAUUGGAUUGGUUAGGAAAUUUUUGUUAACUGACGCACACUUACGAUCUCACGAUGUUUUUCAAGAUUCGCACUCCGUAAUAAACGCAGUCGACAUUCAGCAUCGGUAAUCGAAGUUGUUUUACUAGUGACAACAAGGUCAACCAGACUACGGUCAUUUGUUGUUUAGCGUGCGCCGAAAGUUAACGUGAUGAGUAGUGGUUUGGACGUGUUAAGUGGCUCUUUGAGGGUGCGGAAUGGAACCUUUUCUAAAUCUAAGAACUAUAGCAAUGUUAAAAAUUGCAGAAACGAAGAGGUGAAGGCAUGUCCUAGCGUAAUGUCUCCAGAAACGAAGAGAUUGUUGCCGCCGAAUACGGAGACAGUGCAGACGAAACCGUUCCCCAUUCGAGGAGAAAGAGCUAAUUAUGUCAACAGUCCACAUGUCAUCGCUAUGGUGGGAUUACCGGCCAGAGGGAAGACUUAUAUUUCCAAGAAACUGUCACGUUACCUGAAUUGGAUUGGAAUAAAUACUAGAGUUUUUAACUUGGGAGAGUACAGACGCCACGCCACCUCGGCCUACCAAAACCACGAGUUCUUCAGACCGGACAAUCAGGAAGCGAUGGCCAUCAGGGCGCAGUGCGCCGUCGAAGCUUUGAAGGACGUGUGUCAAUGGUUGGAGAACGGGGGCGAAGUGGCCGUUUUUGACGCCACCAAUUCGACGGCCGAGCGCAGGAGAGUCAUCCAGGAUUACGUUGUGAACAAGAUGGGCUUCAAGUUGUUUUAUGUCGAAUCCAUUUGCGAUGAUCCCCAAAUUAUUGAACAGAAUAUAAUGGAGGUGAAAAUCAGUAGUCCUGACUACACUAACAUGAACAAAGAAGCCGUUUUGGAUGAUUUUCUUAAGAGAAUCCAACAUUACCAAGAGAAAUAUUCACCAUUGGACGAGGAACAGGAAAAAGAAGUAUCAUUCAUGAAGAUCUAUAAUACAGGUGAAAAGGUUGUAGUACACAAACACGAAGGGCACGUACAAGCGAGAAUAGUAUAUUAUCUUAUGAACAUUCACAUCACCCCUAGGACCAUCUAUUUAUCCAGGCAUGGAGAAAGUGAACACAAUCUCGAAGGCCGCAUAGGAGGAGACUCGAAUUUAAGUACGCGAGGACGUCAGUACGCCAGCGCCCUCUCAGCAUACAUUCACGAACAGAAAAUCGAAGGGCUCAGGAUCUGGACGUCGUGGCUGAAACGUACCAUCCAAACGGUGACCGGUUUGGACGUGCCGCAAGAAAGGUGGAAAGCUUUAAACGAAAUAGACGCUGGAGUUUGCGAAGAAAUGACUUACGAAGACAUCAAAGAUAAAUAUCCGGAAGAGUUCGCCUCAAGAGACCUGAACAAAUUCGCGUAUAGAUACCCGCGAGGGGAAAGUUACGAGGACUUGGUGGCGCGGUUAGAACCCGUCAUCAUGGAACUAGAAAGGCAGGGCAACGUGCUGGUCGUGUCGCACCAGGCCGUUCUUAGAUGUCUCCUGGCGUAUUUCUUAGACAAAUCUGCAGAUGAACUACCCUAUCUGAGGGUACCUCUGCACACAAUAAUAAAAUUAACACCAGUUGCAUAUGGUUGUAGAGUGGAACAUAUUAAACUGCCAAUCGAUGCUGUGGAUACCCAUCGUGCCAAACCUAAGGAGCCAGGCCAACAGAUAACUGCCAAAUAACGAACUUGGCAA